AGCUACAAAAUCGCCCGCGCGCACCGAGAUUUGUAAAACCCUAGUACAGUGCAGUGUUGAGCGGGGAGAAAGAUCGUCGAUCGGUCAUCUUCACAUCUGCAAAAUUACAAUGGCGGACGUUGAGGCUGAUGUUGCUACCGGACAGCCGAAGAAGAGAACGUUUAAAAAGUUCAGUUACAGAGGCGUGGAUUUGGAUGCUCUCCUCGAUAUGCCGACCGAUCAGCUUGUUAACCUCUUCGUGGCUCGUGCUCGCCGGAGGUUUCGACGAGGUCUGAAGAGAAAACCAAUGGCUCUCAUCAAGAAGUUGCGCAAAGCCAAACUCGAGGCACCACCUGGUGAGAAACCAGAGCCUGUUAAGACUCACCUCCGGAACAUGAUCAUUGUUCCCGAAAUGAUUGGAAGUGUCAUCGGUGUUUACAAUGGCAAGACCUUCAAUCAGAUAGAGGUGAAACCUGAAAUGAUUGGUCACUACCUAGCCGAAUUCUCCAUCAGUUAUAAGCCUGUGAAGCACGGCAGGCCUGGUAUUGGUGCCACCCACUCUUCCCGGUUCAUCCCUCUCAAGUGAGAUGCAUUUACUCCAAUAUAUACUUAUGCUAUAAUAACAUGGCCGCCAUUCGAACCUUCCAUUUUUGCAAUUUGUGAUUUUGCAUUGUUUUUACCUAAUCUGAAUUUAGGAAAGACUUUAUCCCUUUCAUGCUCUGUUGGGAUGGUUAUUGUACUUUGAUGUUGAUCUUUUGAUUAGUGUAGGAUUCACAA